UAGCUUCUGUUGCAGACCUGAAGAUUAAGAUAUGCGUACGAUGGUAUGCCGUACAUCGAGUCGGUGAUUCGUGCUUCUUAAUGUCUCGCGGAAAGUGUCGUGUCCCGAAAUCUCGUCAUAUUUGCUUUCGUGUAACAUCCUCGGCAUCUUUAAUUGUGCCGUGAACAACGAAAAGCAGUACCUUUAAUGCCUUUGGUAAGCUAUUGCAUGCAGCAAAACACCCCUCUGCUGGUUGCUUAUUCACGGUGGGUAAUUUCCUUACCCGUCUAGAGGCGGGGAUGGUUGCACCCCCGUCUAUUCCUGGGAAUUGUGAGAACCUUGGACCUCGGAAAGUCAUUAUUAUGAGUCGGCAAGGUACAAACAUUAGGAGAAGGAGUGGAAGAGGAGUGAUCGUGAAUGAUGGGCACAAAAGCGGAAAUCGUUUCCAAUUAGCAAGGAGAGAAAUACCUGGUCGUAUUGAGGGUCUACCUUUGAGUUUGCUGGGAGACCGGUGUAAGUCUAGCUUCCUCUUAGAACGCUUGUCCAGAUCAACUAUUCACUUGUAUGUGUUGGCUAACAAAAAAGUUUGUGGAGUAAAUGGCGAGAUCCAAGAAUGAAGACAAACGGCUCAGGCAACACUGAUGUUCCAAAAACCAAACAUGUAUAAGAGAAACUUUGUUGUUCUAGGACCUGGG